GAUAUCCCGGGUCCUGGAGGGGGCGAGGCACCUCCAGAGCGAGCGCGGCGCCUCUUCUCGCGACGAGCUUCUCGAGAAGCGGCGGGACCGGCGGCUAUGGAGGCGCGCAAGAAGGAGGAGCAGGUUGCUGUGUGGCUGAAAAAAAUAUUUGGAGAUCAUCCCAUUCCCCAAUAUGAAGUGAAUCCACGGACCACUGAGAUUUUACAUCAUCUUUCAGAACGCAACAGGGUCCGGGACAGAGAUGUCUACCUGGUAAUAGAGGACUUGAAACAGAAAGCAAGUGAAUACGAAUCAGAAGCCAAGCAUCUUCAAGACCUUCUCAUGGAAAGUGUGAAUUUUUCCCCUGCCAGUCUCUCUAGCACUGGUUCUAGGUAUCUGACUGCCUUGGUUGACAGCGCAGUGGCCCUUGAAACAAAGGAUACCUCACUAGCUAGUUUUAUCCCUGCAGUGAACAAUUUGACCUCUGACCUUUUUCAUACCAAAUCCAAAAAUGAAGAAAUCAAGCUUGAAUUGACAAAACUUGAAAAAAAUCUAACUGCAACUUUAGUAUUAGAAAAAUGUCUACAAGAGGAUCUCAAGAAGGCAGAGUUGCAUCUGUCUGUGGAAAGGGCCAAAGUUGACAAUCGUCUUCAGAAUAUGGGCUUCCUAAAAGCGAAGUCAGAGGAGUUCAAAUUUGGAAUCAGAGCUGCAGAGGAGCAACUUUCAGCCAGAGGCAUGGAUGCUUCACUGUCUCAUCGGUCACUAGUAGCACUCUCAGAGAAAUUGGCAGAAUUAAAAGGACAGACUGUACCUUUGAAGAAAAAAUUGGAGUCCUAUUUAGAUUUAAUGCCGAAUCCAUCUCUUGCUAAGGUGAAAAUCGAAGAAGCAAAGCGAGAAUUAGAUACCAUUGAGGCUGAACUUACAAAGAAAGUAAAUAUGAUGGAACUGUGACCAGAGCCAAAUAUGCUUCAUCUUUCCUAACAAAGAGCAUGUGACAGAACGCUCGCCAUAGUCUGGCUAUGACCCCAAGUCUGGACUUCUAAUGUCCUGGGUUUGAUAAGACACUACCGAAGAGGCCACUCUGCCAGCCUUAUUUAGUGUCAUGAUGCCCAGAUGUACUGAUGUCACUUAGCACAGCCUCUUCUGAGAUUGUGUGGGUAUAUAAUUUUAGGUUUAUCUAAUAUUGCCCAGUUCUCACAUUUACAGUUUUCUUUAAAUUCUGCAGCAGCAAUUGUGGGUUGACACCUGCUUCCACUGUAUUGGGGGAGAUAAUUUUUUCUCUGCCUCUUCAGGAUCCAUAUUCUCUGUGCUAGUUCAAACACUGAAUAUGAAUCCUAGCUCUUAUGCCACCUACCGAUGUGACCUUAAAGACAUCAUGUAAACUCUCAGGAGUCCAAUGGAAUAAUACUUGCCCUACCUCCCUUAUCAUUCAUUCACUUAUUUAUUAACAAGUUUUAUUAAACACUAUGUGUCAGGUAGUGGGGCCACAAGGGUAAGCAAGAAUCCCCUUAGUCUCAGAGAAGCAGUUUAUAAAUUCACAGACUAUAGACUGGAAGAGACUGUCCUGUCCAAAUUUUAGUCUUCUAGACAAGGAAACUGAGGCUCAAAGAAGUAAAAUGACUGCCCAGAUGUCACAUCCAGUCAGUGACUGAGUUGGGAUUGGAAUCCCGAUUGCUUAUUUCCCAACCCAGAGAUUUUUUUCUUGGUAUUACCUGCACUUGUCUAAACUGUAGAAGACUCAAUCUCUCUACCUAGCUUUUAACUACUUAGAAAUCUAGACUGGGGAUGUCCAACCUUCUCAAAUGUGAAACAAAACAAAACAAAACACCCUUAAGAAAAUAACAGAAAACUCCAAACUACUUUUAACCACAAAAGUAAUACUUGAUCAUUGCAAAUAAUUCCAGCACAUAAUUCGAAAACACAUAAAAUUUAAAAGUCUAAGUCCUUUCCUACUUUUGUCCACAGUUCUACUUACCAAGAGUGAAUCCUUCUAGACUUUUAAUCUAUGCAGAGCUGAUAUUACAUAUAUUAUAUUCUUUUAUAACACUCAUAUUUUCCAAAAUGUCAGUAGUCCCCUCCUUUAAAAUUCUUUUUUGUUUUAUUUAUCCAUUACACAGUUGAUGGACAUUUGUGUUGCUUCCAUUGGGGUUCUUAUGAAUAAAGAUGCUUUGUAUUCCCAUA